CGCGCGCGGGAGGAGGAGCCGCCGCCGCCGCAGAGAGACCCGACUCCCGCGGCCUCGGGGGGAGUCAUGCCCGGCCGUCGGUGAUGUCCGCGGAACAGGACAAGGAGCCCAUCGCGCUGAAGAGAGUUCGAGGUGGUGAUAGUGGACUGGAUGGUUUGGGAGGACCAACAGGUGUACAGCUUGGAAGUCCAGAUAAGAAAAAACGCAAGACAAAUGCACAGGGCCCUUCCUUCCCUCCGCUCUCGGAGUACGCGCCACCGCCAAACCCGAACUCGGACCACCUCGUGGCGGCGAAUCCCUUCGACGACAGCUACAACCCCGUUUCCUACAAGCCGGUGCCGUCGGCCGCGGGCGCGUACCUGGGCCCCGGCUACCCGGGCCUGGGCGGCGGCGGCGGCGGCGGCGGCUACGGCCCGUUCCGGAUGGCUCCGCACGCGGCGGCGGCCCGGGCGGCGGCCCCCUACGGCGCGCCCUACCCGCUCCGGGGCCAGCCGCACCCGCACCCGUUCCCGCAGAACGCGCUGGGCCUGGGCUUCGGCCGCCCGCACGCCCUGAACUUCGCGCCCCCCGACGGCGCGGGCUUCGGCAGCCCGGCGUUCGGCGGCGGCGGCGGCGGGCUGGGCCAGAACCAGAACGCCGGGCUGCCCAACCAGCCGCACUUUAGGCCGGCGCCGGCCGAGAGCUUCGGGCCGCCGCCCGCGCCGCCCGCCGCGCCGCCCGACCUGGCCUUCGCGCCCGCGGGUGGCAGCUCCGCCUUCGCGGCGGCGGCGGCGGCAGGUGCCCUGGAGCCCGGAGCCGCCGCCGCCGCCGCCGCCUUCCUCCCCGCGCCCGGAGCCUUCGCGCACGCCAAGGCGCCGCCCGCCAGGCCCGACUUCGCCCCGGCCGCGCCCAGGCCCGCGGCGCCCGCCCCGCACCUGGGCCUGGACGAGGCGGCCCCGGGGCCCCCCGAGCCCAAGGGCGCGGGCCGGCCCGGCGCGCCCGCGGAGCCCGGCCGGGGUGGUAGCAGCGGCGGCGGCGGCGGCGGCGGCGAGGCCAGCGCCAGCGCCAGCGCCAACGGGACGCAGCCCCCGCCCGCGCCGCCCCGGGCCGCCCCCGCUCCCGACGGCGCCGCUGCACCAGCAGCCCCCGAGAAGGGCGCCCAGGCCGCCGCCGCAGCCGCAGCUGCGCAGCCCCCGCGCCUCGGGCCGGCCGCCGAGCCCGUGUACCCGUGCGGCAUCUGCACGCGCGAGGUCAACGACGACCAGGACGCCAUCCUGUGCGAGGCCUCGUGCCAGAAGUGGUUCCACCGCGUGUGCACGGGCAUGACCGAGACGGCCUACGGGCUGCUGACGGCCGAGGCGGCCGCCGUGUGGGGCUGCGACGCCUGCAUGGCCCGCGACGAUGUGCAGCUCCUGCGCGCGCGAGAGCCCUUUGGGCGCCCGGUGGCGGGCAGCGGCGACGCGUAGCUAGCGGGGCGCGCGGCGGGGGUCCCCGGAGGGCUGGGACGGUGACAGUGGGACACCCCCCCCGGAGAUGCAUAGGGCGCAUCACUCCUGCCUCUGCACUCAGGAAUCCCUCCUGGCGCUGCUGGAGGACCCUUUGGGAUGCAGGAGGCAAACGCCCUCCCCGCUGUCCAGCCCCACGGGAAGACGGUUUUUGCCCUCCAGUUGUCCUUCUCUUGUGCUUCAUCACUAGUGCAAAGUCUGUCAUGUCUUCGUUUGCCCCCUUCAAAAUGAUGCACACGGAGAGGCUUUAGACGAGGGUUAGGAAGGGGAACGGUGGCAUUUAUGAUCAGCAUCAAGGCCUCCUCAAAGCUUCAGACUCAUAGAGCAAAGUAGGCGAGUUUUGACUUUUUUGACAAGUUAGAGUGGUUGCGGAAAAUGUUGAUUUCCGUGCUGGACUUUGGUGAUAGCACAUUAUAUGCAUUUAGUUCGAGACUUAGCCCCCCCCCCCUCCCCCAGGAGCUACUUAACGUUUUCAAAACGAAAUACACAUAACUGUAAAGAAAGCAUAUAAAUUAAUGGGUACUAAUAGAAUAAGAUUGUGAUGCCAGAUUUUCCUCCCCCCUCUGGGGUUCUUAAACUUAGUGGCUUUCACAUUUCCAAGUCAGGAUUUCCAGGGUAUCUGUUUGUACAGGUAUGAAACAGGUGUUAGCAUGUGGUAGACGCUUAGUGUUUGUUAACUAAUCUGUGGAUUGUACCACACAAAAUUGACUGUACUGGAUUAACUGAAAAUUGCAAUCAGGAGACUUGAGUUUCUAGUUGUGCUACUUGAAACUUAACAGUGUCAUCAUGCUCUUCAUUUUCAAUUAUUGAGUUGUUUUGCUGUUGUGUUCCAGAGAAAUAAAGGAUAACAGUA